CGCUGUAAAAGGACUGUGGAAUUUAGCCUUUUUUUUUUUUUUUUUUUGGUCCCGUCUGACUCUUUUGGACAACUGUGUCAAACGACCAGUGCUAUGGAAACCUGGACGAGGUGCCCAUCGAGGGGAUCAACUGUCGGAUUCCAAGGACAAGCGAGGCAAGAGGAGCUGACUGCCAGAAGCCAGCAGUGGAGAACCACUUCUUUGGGAGCCUGAGCGGAUUCCCGUGUGCAAUCUUUUUUUUUCCUUUUUAUUUUAUUUAUUUUUUUUGUUGUUGCUGUUGCUCAAGAGACAAAUCAUAAAGGGCCUUCAAAUCUUUCGGAUUGGAUGUAUGGAUUUACAAAAGGGCUCAUCCUGGUUAAGCAGGGCAGUUGUUAAAAGGCUUUUGUUGCUGCUUGGGAAUAUAUGUGCAUCUCAAGUGAGUUCCACAGCUCGUGGUGAGGGAGACUAUAUAUCUGUGUUCAAGGACCAGUAAUGUUAACUUGAGAACAGCCAACCCCCACUUCCCAUUCCCCUCACACUUAAGCAAAGAACAUGGGAAAACAUUAAGAUAGUCAAAAGUCUCCUUCCAGUACCAGUAUGUCCCCUGUCCAUCUUCAAUUUCCUUUCCGCUUUUGAAUCUGGUCACCAGAUUUCUAAAGCCAGUUAACCAUCUCUUCCUCCUGUACCACAAGACCUCCCCCACCCUCCUCCCCCCCAAGCCCCAACGCACACCACCAGCCCCCCAGAUGAUGCUGAAUUAUGAAUGUGCCACAUCAUGAGUCUCCUGGGGAGGGUAGCUUCGCAUCGUGCCAGGAAAGCCGCCCUACUCUGCGUAGUGUUCCUGAUGGCACGAGCAUGGAGCAGUGCCUCGCUGGCCUUAGGGGCAGCGGCGUCACAAGGACCCCAGGGCUGUCCCCCACAGUGCUCUUGCAGUAAUCAGCAGGGGAAGGUGGUGUGCACACGACGGGGCCUCACUCGCGUGCCCCCGGGCAUACCGGCUAACACGCGACACCUCAAUCUGAUGGAAAACGCCAUUGAGGCGGUGCAGGCUGACUCAUUCCGCCACCUGCACCACCUCGAGGUGCUCCAACUUGGGCGGAAUGCCAUUCGGCAGAUUGAGGUGGGUGCGUUUAAUGGACUUACUAGCCUCAAUACUCUCGAGCUGUUUGACAACCGGCUGACGGUGGUACCCAGUGGGGCCUUUGAGUACCUGUCCAAGUUAAGAGAACUGUGGCUGAGGAACAACCCCAUCGAGAGUAUUCCUUCCUACGCCUUCAACCGGGUGCCAUCCUUGAUGCGGUUGGACCUUGGCGAGUUGCGGAAACUGGAGUACAUCUCGGAAGGAGCUUUCGAAGGGCUACAAAAUCUCAAGUACCUCAACUUGGGCAUGUGCAACAUCAGGGGGGAUAUGCCAAACAUGAGUCCCCUCAAGGGUCUGGAGGAGCUGGAGAUCUCUGAAAACCACUUCCCCGUGAUAAAGCCGAGCUCCUUUAAAGGCCUGAACUCACUGAAAAAGCUAUGGGUGAUGAACGCACAGAUAACAGUGAUAGAACGCAAUGCCUUUGAUGAUUUACCAUCACUGGUGGAGCUUAAUCUUGCCCAUAAUAACCUGAGCACUGUGCCCCACGAUCUGUUCUCCCCGCUCAGGUACCUGGUGGAGCUUCAUCUCCACCAUAAUCCUUGGAACUGUGGCUGCGAUGCUGUAUGGUUAGCACGCUGGCUAAGGGAAUACAUCCCCACAAACUCAACUUGCUGCGGACGCUGCCACUCACCUGCCAACAUGAGGGGUCGACAGCUCGUGGAGGUAGACCGGGGUGAGGGGGCUGCAAUUCAGUGUUCCGCACCGUUCAUUGCGGAUGCACCAAGGGAUUUUAACAUCUCAGCUGGGAGAGUUGCUGAGCUUCGGUGUCGCACGGCCCAGAUGUCUUCAGUACGCUGGCUCCUACCGAAUGGGACUAUCCUGACUCAUGCCUCCAGUCAUCUAAGAAUAUCGGUACUCAAUGACGGCACCUUGAAUUUCUCAAAUGUCCUUGCUAUCGACACUGGCACGUAUACCUGUAUGGUAUCCAAUGCAGCUGGGAAGUCCAAUGCGUCGGCCUACCUCAACGUGAGUGCAGCUGAGCUCAACACAUCCAACUUGAGCUACUUCACAACUGUGACAGUGGAGGUCUUGGGCCCGACCACAGAGAUGCCCAAAUCGAAGAAGACCACAACCACAUCUGCUGCUACCGCGGUGGCUGGCAUAGCGGGUGGAGGACUGGGCCUUGGAACAACCACCACAACUGCCUCACCCUCCGUCUUUCAACCAGUGUUCAUCUCUACACCAACUGUGUUGCUACAAAGCACAGACAGCCCACCAGGUGCGGCGAAGCCAUCUGUCGUACCCGGACUCAAAGGGGCCACCAGCAAACCUGGAAAAUCUGGUCCGAGUCUGGAUGAGGUCAUGAAAACCACCAAGAUCAUAAUUGGUUGCUUUGUGGCAGUAACACUGAUGGCUGCCGUGAUGCUCAUUGCCUUCUACAAACUGAGAAAGCGCCACCAGCAAAGGAGUACCGUGGCAGCUGCCCGCACCGUGGAGAUCAUCCAGGUCGAUGAGGAGGACCUUCCGCCACCAGCUUCUGCAGCUCAAGAGACGGCUCUCACGCUCCCUGAAAUUAGGGACCAUAACAGCAUACACAAAUUGGACUAUCUCAGUCACAAGACGGACUACAGCUAUCACAAACCCAAGGCUGAAUACAAACCUCAGCCCGAUUUCACGCUUCACAAGCCAAAAGCAGAGUACACGACAUACAAGCCCAACAUGGACUUCCAUUGCCACAAGUCCAUCCCAGACUACAGCACUCACAAAUCCACACCAGAUUUUAGCCUGCAUAGACCAAAGCUUGACUACAGCCCCUUUAGGCAGGACUACAACACUCAGAAACCAAAAGCAGAAGACAGCCCAUUCAAAUCGGAUUUCGGGACUCACCCAAAAGCAAGAACAGACUACAGCCCAUUCAAAUCAGACUACAGCACUCAUCCAAGGCAAAAGAUAGACUUCAGCCCGUUUAAGAGAGAUUACAGUACCCAACCAAAAACCAAACAUGACUACAGCCCAUUACGAUCUGACUACAACACCCAGCAUAAACACAAGGUUGAGCAUAGCCCCUUCAAGCACGACUUUGGAACUCAUCCAAGAUCUAAACCGGAUUAUAGUCCAUUCAAGCCUGGCUACAGCACUCAACCGAAACCAAAAUCGGACUAUAGUGUCCAGAGAUGUACACCAGACAGCAACUACAGACCCAAGGACCAUUAUAAUGCUUUCAAGACAGACUUCAGUCCCCACAAAGCAGACUUCAGCGCCUUUAAAUUAGGAUUCAGUCCCCAUGCUCAGAGACCUAAAAUGGAUUGCAGUCCACACAAAGUGGACUACAGCCCCCAUAAGAUGGACUUCAGCACCAUGAAACCGAAAUACAACACCUACAAACCGAGUGGCCAUGGGGCCAAAUGGACAGAGAACAAUGUGGGCAAUUCUUUGCCCCGAACCUUGCCCAGCACCAUCACAGCAUUGGCUGAGCCCUUUGUCAUUAAAACUCAUACGAAGGAGAAAGUACAGGAGACUCAGAUUUAAAAAGGAUAAGAUGGCCCACCCCUAGGCCCCCGCUACUGCCCCCAAGCCACACCCCUUAGCCUUUCCCCCCAAUUAAAUCAUGCAAUAGAAUGCACAAUGAAAAAAAAUGGACAAACGACUAUUUUGUACAGAGCAGACGCAAAGACUGACAAGUUCUUGUUGUAUAUGGUUAUAAAUGCAUAUAUAUAUAUAUAUAUAUAUAAAUAUAAAUAUAUACAUAUAUACACACACACAUGGACAUUGAAACUACCAUGGGCUGGUGACAGAGAAACUUAUAUUAAAAAGAAAAUCAAACUAUUUUCUAACUUGUAACUUCUAUUUAAAAGAAUACAUUGUUUAAGAGGCUGUCUUGACUUUGACAAAUGAGGGUCGUGUUCAAAAAAAAAAAAAGAAGAAAAAAAAAGUGGGUUUGGGCAUUCUGUGUGAUUUUUUUUUUUUUUAAACCAUAAAACAGAAUGGAGCGAUAAGAGGAAAUAUUUAUACAGAAAAGUCAUUUCUUUAAUAAAAACCUUGAAAAAAAAAAAGCAUUAUCUUGUAAAAGCACUCGGAAUUUGUACCGUGCCAAAUGUUAUAAA